AAGCUUAGAUCUGAAAGAGGAUAUUUUGGUCUCGUUCUUGGUUAAUCAUUCUGUAGAGAGAGAAACAAGAGAGAGAGUCAGGGAAGGCAGGGAUGUCGUACUUGCUUCCACAUUUGCACUCUGGUUGGGCCGUAGAUCAGGCCAUCCUCGCCGAAGAAGAGCGUCUCGUCAUCAUCCGUUUUGGCCACGACUGGGACGAGACCUGUAUGCAGAUGGAUGAAGUUUUGGCAUCAGUUGCUGAGACAAUUAAAAAUUUUGCUGUGAUAUACCUUGUCGACAUCACCGAGGUUCCAGAUUUCAACACCAUGUACGAGUUGUAUGACCCAUCUACAGUCAUGUUUUUCUUCAGGAACAAACACAUUAUGAUUGAUCUUGGAACUGGAAACAAUAAUAAGAUCAACUGGGCCCUCAAGGACAAGCAAGAGUUCAUCGACAUUGUUGAGACGGUGUACCGUGGAGCAAGGAAAGGGCGUGGUCUUGUGAUUGCUCCUAAGGAUUACUCUACCAAGUACCGCUACUAAGUUCUUUUGUAAAUAUAUAUGGCUAUAUUUGAUAGAAUUCUCAUAAACUUGUUUCAGAAUCUUCAUUUCUCAAGAAACCAUUUUUUUGAGAAUCUGUCAAAUUUCUAGAAGAUUCAUGUCUCUCAAGUCCUUGUGUAUUUAAAAUUUAACUAUUUGGAUGCAUUAUUGCGAGGUCCAGAAGAAUGGAAUUGAAUUUCUGUCAUAA